AUGGAUGAGUCUGAGAAUGAAGAAGGUGGUUUUGGAGGCACUUUCGAAGACUUGGCAUUUGAUGAUAAAGAAGAAGACUUCCUUGACCAUAUGUUGAUGUCCAUGAAUUCAGUUUUCAGUUUUGAACUUGAUGGACUGAUGAAGGAAUUUGAAGCUCAAAUGGUGAGUAAAGUGUCGGGCAUGGUUAAAGACUCAGAGUUACAAAUUUUAGAGAUGGUGGAUCAUGCUGAUCAGCAACAGAGUUAA